AUGACACUCGAAGCGAUCUACGUCUGCAGACACGGCUUCCGACUCUCCUGGGAGACCCAAACCUGGGCAUCACCGACCGGCAUUCCGCGCGACCCGCCUUUGUCGGCGCAUGGGGUGGAUCAGGCGAAAGAGUUGGCGGGGUUCUUGAAGCGCGAGUUGGGGAUUGAGAGGGAGGGACAGGCGAGGGAGGAGGGGGUCGUGGUGUUGAGUUCCCCCCUCUACCGCUGCGUCCAGACGGCGACACCAACAGCAGAAGCGCUCGGUGUACCUAUCUUCAUCGAGCCAGGACUGGCCGAAUGGUACCUCCCCGUCCGACGCGGCCUGCACCCAGCGCUCGCCUCGCCCUCGUUCCUCAAAGACUACUUCCCCCUCGUCGACGACUCGGCCGCCUCGCCCUCCUCCUCCUCUUCCACCUCUCUCACGCCCUACUCUCCAUGGACUCCCCUCCUUACCCCUCCCCGAGUAGGCGAGUCCAUGCGCGCUCUCCACGCGCGCACACUCGCCUUCUCCCAGCGCCUCACCACCGCCCUCUCCGCGCGCGGCGUGCGAAAGGUGAUUGUCUUCAGCCACGCAGCGACCAAGAUCGGUCUCUGUCGCGCCUUGGCAGGCGACUUGGACGACCCAAGUGUCCUGCGCGUGCCAGGCAAAGAGGGCGGGAGAGAGCCUGAGCCGGGAGAGGUGGAGGAAUUGGGGUUGUGGAGGGACGAGGAGAGGUUGGUUGUUGGUGCUGCGACUUGCGCUUGUAGCAAGUUUGUGAGGGACGGGGAGGGGAGUGCGGAGGGCGCGGUGAGGUGGAGGAGGGAGUGGGACGGCAGGACUGACUUCAUGAAGCGCGGCGAGGAGCGCCGCUGGGACUUUUCCUUCGUCGAGGAAAUCGCCGAAGACGGUAUCGACGACUCAACGGGCCUCGAGAUCAGCGCGACCAAGUCGGACGCGUACAAGAACCUGCCGACGGCCGCGCCGAAAGAGACGAGGACGUCGGAGCGGGUCGAGGGGAAACUGUAG